CAAAAAGGAUACGGUUCCUGAGAGAAGUAAAAAACAAAAUAAUAAACCACUAUCGUUGCUUGCGGAGAUAAUAUAUGAUGGUUCACAUUCAACAUCGCGGUUAACAGUCCUUUACUUUUUUGUGGAGGGUUUGAAAGAUGCAAUGCGCGCGUCGGUGGCAUGUGACGAAGAUGAAUGUGAAACUAUUCCAACAGUGUUUCAGCUGUUGGGAUUCGUUCGCGCAUCAGACUCUGGUAUUCUCAAUGGAAGUAACAGUUUAAAAAAAAAUAAUAAUUACACUACAUUUUUACCAUUACCAUUUAUAACGUCUCCUUUUAUGUCACCUGAUGACGCAGCCGAUUCACAAACCAAUGUGGUGAAUCACUGGAUAAACAAUUCCAUGAUUCUUUUUGAUUCAUUAGCCCUUAUUGUAGAAAAUGUUAAUUUAUGGAUAAAUGAGGUUCCAGGAUGCACUGAUGAGGAUACAGAAAGCUUUAACAAACGUCUUGAGUCAGCCUCUGUUCCACCAGAUGUUUUUUUAGUACACGAUGCAUUAACCAAUCCCGCAAGUUACUCCAAUGUGCUACAAGAACUUUAUCAAGAUGGGCACGUAACAUUGGCGAGCUUAGAAAUUUUCUGCCUUUUGUUGUCCUAUGCCCCAACAUCUGACGCUAUGCUUUACAUACUAUUCGUAAGGUUGCCUCACCGCCAUGCUAUUCUCUACCAACUGUUAACAACAAAGUGGGAAACUCCGCCUUCUAUAUUAUUCUCAGUGCGAAAAUUACUGUGUGCGUCUUGGAUGCAACUUAUUAGUUUAGAAGCGCACCUUUGCACUAGCUACAUGGCGCAUACACGCGAAAAAGCUCCUGAUUGGUUAGUGAUAAAUUAUCCUGAUUACAUUUUAAAAGCUCGGUUGACUGCACUACAAAAUCAAUGUGUGCAAAUGACGGAAGGACUUUGGGCAUUAGUACAAGCUCCACUUAGUACUGCGGUAAUGCUUGAAAAUCCUUUAAAUUGCUUGAUAUUUUAAAAAAAAAUGUUAUCUUUCGUAGAUUAGAAAUGAUAUGUCAUCUCAAGCGACGUGUUUUUCGCAAGGAAUACCCCCAAUUUUAUCAUGCGUUCUUGUUCAUUUAGCGUCUUCUGAGUCGUUUGCUGUAGCUCAAGACACUAGCGUUUGGAAAUCAUUGAAAAACGAUGCUUUCAGGUUUUGCACUUCUACUUUAGGAUAUAUGAAUCCGUCUAAUACUUGUUCCAAAGACAAUAGUGGAAACAUAAAACGACAUAGUUUUCAGGAGUUCGCAACGUUAAUGCUACAUCCGUACCAAGUGCUACUUAUUUCUAAAUUUUUUUUUAAAAACCACAAGGACGAGGCUAAAUUAAAACCUUUGAAUUAUUGUAUGGAUUUCAAUUAUCGAUCCCUAUCGGUAUUCACUGCGCAACGUUUACUGGCUCGUUUCGCUGAGUUGUUUUCUGUAUCUUUAAAUUUAAUUGUUAUUGACUUGCACAAUUCAAGAGUAUUUUGUGUGGAUGAUACAAUAGAAAAAACUUUUGGUGCUUUAAAUAGUCCACAAGAAAUUUUUACAACAUGUUUAUCCCACUGUCUGGAUUAUCUAGGCUCACUUUCAUUAAAAAAAGAACGAAGUCGUUAUUGUUUAAUGUCUAUAGUUGGUAGCCUUUUUAAUGUGCUACUGACACUAAUAACUUCUUCUCCUUUUUCGGAAAAUGCAUUGGAUGAAUCAAGCUUUCUUACCUUGUACAGCGAAGAUAUAUAUUCAGAAGACAAAUACUUGGAACAAAGUGUUUGUUUAGACCGUGCAUUACUGAAAAGCUUGCUUCAGAAAAUUAUUCAUUUGUGUGUUUUGGGAAAACAUGACCAACAAAAUUUUCAAGCAAAUGAACUUCGUUCACUGACUCAACAUGACAGCGGUUAUUUGGAUAGUGAUGCUCAAAACAACUUUGGUUCUCUUCAAACAACAAAAAAAGAACUUGAUCAAAUUUUGAGACUUAGAUUAUACGUUGCAAUCUUACAAAUUUUUUGGUUAGCCAAAAUAUCGUUUGAACGUGAGACGCCUACAACGUUAUUACUUGGAGUGGACAUUCCUCAGAGUACAAUUGAUUUUUUUUUAAAGCAAUUACAAAAAGACUUGUUAUUUUUGGAAGCAACACCUAUGACUUUGCUUGAAAAAAAAACACCACUCCUAACUAGAUCAUCACAGAACAUGAUUUUAUGUAGUAACGAUGUUAACUUGUUUUCUAAAUUGUUCCCUGGUUUAUGUACAUAUCCAGCGGAAUCUUGUGUCCCUGUGCUUAAAAUUUUUAUUGAGUAUCGAGCUGCACAAACAAUUUCUGAUGUUUUCUCAACUACAAAUUCUUUAUCCGAAUCCAAUUUGUUAACUGAGACACAAAAUGAGUGUAUUGCUGGUCAUAUGCUUUUACCGUCAUCUCAGUGGACAUUAAACUCUACAACCCUACAGGCUAUCCAAUUAUGGAUUUAUCACGUCUUUGAGAAUUUUAAUGGUUUUAAUCGAAAUCACUGUGAUCAGGUUAUGCCUCUCGGCAUCAGAAAAUCCUCUGACUCUUUCUUAGACAACAUCUUUUCCGAAUGUAUCACACGCCAUUCAACGUUAUGCACUUCUACUUCCGUUAUGUGUUUAGCUUUAUCUUUAUUGCAUGUUUUGAUUAAAAAACCAGCCAUAUGUGAAGCUUUAUUAGCUAGUAGUAUCCCUGUAAAUCCUCCUGUCUAUAUGGUAACACAAGCAGCAGUUAAUAAUGUACCCUUAGCUUCAGUGUGUCGAACUGUCCUCUUGGCUGCUCCUUUUUUGCCUCGAUUAAAUGCUCCCUUUUCUUUAAAAGAUUUCGGUUUUCCCACGUUCGCGGCAUCAAAUCAAGAUAUUGGUCGCAUUACGAAAUUACAUGACGUUUUGAAAGAAACAAAUGUUGCCUCAUCCGUCAUUCUUCUCUCACCGUACAUGUUUAUUAUUGAUAAUGUUUUGACAAAAGUAAAACAUUUACAAGUUUGUUUGACAGUUGAAAUGUUAGAUGAGGAUGCACAAAAGACAACAACUACAGUUGAACGAGCUUCGUGGUAUUUUUUCAAGUGGUGGCUUGCACGUGACCAUCAGUUUAGUUCAUGUUUCUCGUGUUAUAAUCAACUUGUUGAAGAUCUUAAAUGCGUAUUGAAAGAAGAUUUUUUUUUUAAAUCCGAAAAACCAUCAACAAUGACAUCUUCAACAUAUUUACUAACUACCGAUACUUCUCAUACCUACUUUGCCAAUGAAUGUCUCUCAACGUUUUUGCAGAACACUAACGCUACGAAACCGCGGACUCAAUUGAAAACUUUAUCAUUUGAGGAGGACUCACAAAUUGCAGCUCCUCAAGCAGACCUGCACAGUCGGUUUGCGUGCGCCGAUCUUUUGCAAAAACGACUUAAAAAUUUGUGUCUUAUUCUUGUACUAACGUCGCAUAGCUGGCUUCAGCUAUUAACAACUGUUUCUGACGCGUUACUAAUGCAAAGCCAAAUAAAACAUGUACCCCUAUCAGCGAAUGACAGAAACAGUCAGGAAUCACGAAUAUUCCGUAUUCCGCACGAUGACGUUUUUCUAACACUGCAAUUUCAAAGCCGCACCAUUCAAUCAGCUGUUUUAAUUACGCAAUUGUCAACAUUUCAAAAUUCACUUCAAAUGACGUCUCUCAAAGGUCCUUUUCACAACGAUGUUUCUCGAACACUUCUCUCUCCUUUUUCCUUUAAAAUGUCCCACCUUGAUAUAAUUCUCCCUUAUAUACAACAACGCCAGCAGUUUCUCGUAACAACUCUUCAAAGUGUAGAACGUGAAUUCCUGAUUGUCAAAUUGCUUUUGCAUCAAGUACCUAUUGAAGAAAACAAAGAUCAACAGAUACAAGAACAAAUUAAACGUUCUUUACUCGAAAGAGCACGUUCUCUUGUUGCUCUUUUAAAUGCUACAAUGUUAGGCUUACUUGUUAGUGUUCCUCUUGAUUGCAAGAAUUUUCAAAAAACCAUCAAGGAUAUUGAUGCUUUUUUAUAUUUACCACGAAGUAAACAUCAAGAACAAUUAGAAGAAAAGUCCAAGUCUUACAUUUUUUUUGAAAAACAUAAUGCGCUUUACCAAAAGCAGGGUUCAACGGUUGCCUUCUAUGUUCGUAUUUUGUCUCUAGCAAGUGGAAUGCUUAUAAAAGGUCUUCAAAUGAUUUUGGAUUUAGAAAAAAUACCCAUUAAAUUAUCAAAUUUACCAUUGAAAAAAACAACAACGACUUCAAACAGAAAUCGUCAAAAUUUUUACUCAGCAAAUCAGAUACCGAAUUCCAUACCGCUAUCUUCUUCAAAUUUAACAAAAGCUUUUAAAAGUGCGUUAGAACGUAUCAUCACAACGACGGAUAUAACACUAGGAAGCCCGAUUCAGUCACAAGCAUUGCAUUUAUGCGGUCGACUAUGCGCAACGAUUUCAAAAUUAGAAGAGUUACCUGGAUUUAACGGUGACGAUAUUACCGUAUUAAGCAGAGCAAAACCCCAUACACCUAUUCCAUUGAAGUUGUUACAGGGAUCUUGUAAAAUAGUCUGUACUCAUUCUCUGACUCUUAAUAAUCUUUUUAUGACGAUUCACGAUUGAAUAAAGUAAUUAAGAAAUGAUUUGCUAACAAUAUUAAAACAUAUAUUUGUGUUCAAAUGUAUCAUCGUAUAGUAAUAAAAAACAUUAAGGAAAUAAAAAGACAAUAGUUUUCUUUUUCUUAUUUAUGUACAUUGCGAACCAUUACUUGAAGCAAAAAUAAUCGAACAUCAAAAUGUCUAAUUUUAAAAUUAAAAAGGAAAA